AUGGAAACUCCACGUGGCACAAUCAUCUUCACCACCGUUGGUCGCACUCACUACGGCUUCGACGUCUUCUCUCUCCACAUCUCCUCCGCCGUCGAACGCCGUUUAACAGACGGCGUCUCCGUUAACUUCAACGCUCAAUUCACCGACGGUAACAACAUCGUCUUCGUCUCCGAACGAGCCGGUUCAGCCCGGAUUUACAGAACCCGACCCGGAAAUUCUAAACCCGAGCAGCUUCCCGGAGCUCCGGGAAGCUUCUUCCACGACCGUCCAAUUGUUACUCAAAACAACACACUCUAUUUCAUCUCUGCUCACGAGCAACCUGAUCGUCAUUUCAAGAACUGGACCGCUCUUUACACCAUGAAGCUCGACGGCGAUGAGAGAGAAAUCACACGUGUCACUCCGUCAGACACCGCCGAUUAUAGUCCGGCGGUUUCGAAAUCGGGAGAGUUUUUCGCCGUCGCGAGUUAUGGAUCUCGCUCUUGGGGUGGUGAAUUUCACGAGAUCAAUACUGAUAUUGCUGUUUUCAGAGCUUCUGAGCCGGAGAAGAGAGUGGUCGUUUGUGAGCGCGGUGGUUGGCCGAGUUGGUCCGGCGAUUCAACAGUUUUCUUCCACCACCCAGCUGACGACGGUUGGUGGAGCAUUUUCCGGGUGGAUUUACCGGUGAAUUUCAAGGAUUUUCCGAUCGAACCGAUCAGAGUCACUCCUCCUGGACUCCAUUGCUUCACUCCAGCUGCUUUCCACGACGGAAAACGAAUCGCCGUCGCAACUCGUCGUCGCGGCAUCAACCACCGUCACAUCGAGAUUUUCGACCUUCAACACAAAACGUUCCAGUCAGUGACUGAGCCACUCAAUCCGAGUUUCCACCAUUACAACCCCUUCGUCUCUCUUGAUUCGGAGUUCCUCGGCUACCACCGAUUCAGAGGCGAGUCGACUCAAGGCGAAUCCACCGUUCCGAAUCUAGAAUCAAUCGUCUCUCCAAUCAAAACUCUCCGAUUACUCAGAUUAAACGGAUCGUUCCCAUCUUCAUCUCCUGACGGUGAUCUAAUCGCAUUGAAUUCCGAUUUCGACAUUAACGGUGGUAUCAAAAUCGCUAAAUCUGAUGGUUCGAAACGAUGGACAUUGAUCAAAGAUCGUACGGCUUUCUACAAUUCGUGGAGCCCAACGGAGCGUCAUGUAAUCUACGCAUCUCUCGGUCCGAUCUUCCGUCCGGCGGGUAUCUCCGUUCAGAUAGCUCGAGUUAAGUUCGAUCCAUCAGAUCUCACCGCCGAUAAAGAAGAGAUUCCAUGUGAAGUGAAGUUUCUCACUCUAGACAACACCGGAAAUAACGCUUUCCCGUCUUGCUCUCCCGACGGUAAAUCCGUCGUGUUCCGAUCUGGCCGAUCUGGUCAUAAGAACCUCUAUGUUAUAGAUGCCGUUAACGGAGAAUCUGACGGCGGUGGAAUACGACGGUUAACGGAAGGUCCAUGGAUCGACACUAUGCCUUGCUGGUCUCCGAAAGGAGAUCUGAUCGGAUUCUCAUCUAACCGUCACAAUCCGACGAACACCGAAGCGUUCGGUGCUUACGUGGUGAGACCUGACGGUUCAGGUUUGAGGAGGAUCCAAAUCGCGGGACCGGAAGGGUCGGAGGAAGCGGCGAGGGAGAGGGUUAAUCACGUGAGUUUCAAUAAGGACGGUGAUUGGCUAGUUUUCACGGCGAAUCUCGGUGGAAUUACGGCGGAGCCGGUGGCGAUACCGAAUCAGUUUCAGCCGUACGGUGAUUUAUACGUGGUGAAAGUGGACGGAACGGGAUUGAAGAAGCUGACGUGGAAUGGGUAUGAAGAUGGUACUCCCACGUGGCAUACUGUGGAUGAUUUAGAUCUGAGUGGGUUAAGUUUGAACGGUCAAGAUGGUGACAAGCUUGAAGGUCAGUUUGAGGAGCCGUUAUGGAUUACUUGUUGUGAUAUCUGA